AUGACACCCAAAGUGCUGGUGCGUCCUGCUUCCAGAGGCAGUUCGAGGGAAUCUUACGACGGAAUCUCGCCUCAGCCACUCGACCUAAAUCAUGAGGCUCCAACUUCUCCGUCUCGGUCACAUGAUCAUCCACCGACCAUCGAUUUUCAGCCAGAAUCUCCAGCCACCAUUCGUUCAAAUCAUCAGAGCAGUCGCAAACCCGCGGUGAAGUUCCACGAGUUGCCGGUCAAAGCGAUCUCCAGGAUUCUUUGGUCGGUGGAUGCCAAUGAUUUUGCCUCUUUGGCCAUUCUCAAUCGCGCUUGGUACGCCGUUGCGCAAGACCGGGAUCUCUAUGCACAUCAUCUUUCUCGGUGUCCCUCCUACGCUCUCGCCAAUACCGUCAUCACCGGGCCGUUUCGAAAAAACGAUCUGUACCGGUUGAAAUCAAAGUUUGCCGCAGAGGUCCGCCGAAAUCUAUUCCAGGCUUAUCUUCGUCCUCGGCAGACGCUCAUCAACCUGAUCUCGGUCAAUGCAAGUUCAUCGGCCGCAUUGCCUGGCGCGGAAGCUUUCCGGUUCGCCUUUUCGCCCAAUGGUCAGACCAUCCUCGCUCUGAGCUCCUCGAGGAUCUAUGUCAUCGAUGCGACCACGGACCCUAUUGGUGUACGGAAGGAGCUGAAGACUCAGAGAAGACCUCUCUCGGCUUCUGUCACUGACGAUGGAACCAUUCUCGCCGUGCUCUCCUCACGGCAUCAGGCCAAUAUCUACAACAUUGGUCCUGACGGGGUCAAACAUGUCCAGGUCCUCGUCAUGGACAACCCACCAAGGACGAUUGCGCUCGCGCCCGAAGGUACCGUUCUCGCAGCCGCUUACGAAGGUGGUGUGGAGGUAUUUUCUUUGGCCCCCAGCGCUCUAUCCACGGAUCGACGAGCAGUACGAAGCGAAGGAGUCGACAUCCUGGGUUUCUCGGGAGACGGUUCGAUGUUGGUAGGUAGCACUCAAAGUCUCGAAGAACCGUCGUCGGUUGUCAUUACGGCACCGUUUUACACCGAGAACGAUCUACCGCCCAAGGAAGUCCACAGUCGUAUGUGGACUACCCAGAUUCUCUUUCCCCAGAUCAGCAGUAUCUGCAGUCAUGCAGAACUACUUCAAGGCCAUACAGAGGGAGAUGCCAACUGGCUGUUUGCAUACGACCACACCUUGAUGUCGUAUCGAGCUGUUCGAACGGACGACACACGCACGGGCGUGGCCUAUUUCCUGAAUCCUGCCAGCGCACGGCGCUUUAGUUUACCCGCACCGUCAACGGCGCCAACGGCGACUGUCUGCGGCACACUGGUCGUUGCAGCUUUCAGUGGGAGUGGCCUGUGGAUCUACGGUGUCCCAGAAAAACUCGACGUGAGCCCUGAUAUGGGUUCCGUGGUCGAAAGCCACGAAAAACGUCUUCACGGACGGGGGGUCUCUUUGACGUCGGCGACCGGUCACAUGGAACCCUUGAUGGCGUAUUCACCGUCCAUAUCAGGAAGCAGUGAAGACUUCGAAGACGAUUCGAUCGCUGCCAAAGUCGACUGGCGAGAGAGUCUGUUUGUCAAAUGCCAGCAAAUUCGUAGCAUCGACGGUUGUACGGCAGUCAAAUGGGUCGAGAAAAGUGACGACCGCCCCUGUGCUUUUAGUGGGAAGAGGUUGGUCGUGGUGGCCCCCGGAGGCGUCAACCAGUUUGUGGAAGAAUUGGGUGACGAGACCAUGCCGGUAGAUGGCUCUCGUGUCUCGAUCCUCGAUUUUGAUUAUGCCCCUUCAAUGGCAGCUGACCGUGAAAUCACAAUCGAAGUUGGUGAGGAAGAGCCCGAGCUUCUGACGGAACAGAUUGGCGACAUGGAUAUUGAGGUCGCCAUGGAGCGACGGCGGACGGUCCGGCAAAGAGGUGGAAGGGGAAUGCCUCUUGGUCGCUCGAUCACAACUGCGUCACCCUCUCAGGGGUUGUGGAAUCAGCGACGUCAAAGUUCAUCACAGCCAAACUCUCCUCUCGAUGUAGAUGCACAGAUCGAGAGGGCACAGGCACAGGCACAGGCUGAAGCGGCCCGUUCGCCUCGAACUCCCUCCUCGGCCACUCUGCACCGGUCUGCCACCGCCGCUGGAUUCACUACCGCUCGGUAUCCACCCCGACCCCCUCUCGCUGCGCCAGGCGAUGACAGCGGGCAUGUUAUGUACCACCGAGCUCCUGGGCAAAUGUAUCCGCCGGGGGAUGGCUGGGAGUCUCCCCCUCCUCCAUACACCAACAACAGCCACGGAUCGCCACAUCUUCAUCCAGGAGCCAUGCUCGGCUCUCCACUAGUACAACCGCGUCAAAUGCAAGGCCCACCUACGUCACCAAUGCCCUUGCUGGGUAUUCCAGAGAACGUCAACCUACAAAUGCGCGGGCAGGGACAACCAUCCUCAUUUACUGCUAACCACGUUCCCCCCAUGCCUCCGACACAGACACAGCGUCCAUUCCAAGUCUCCCCAUUUGCGGCCCAGAACGUCUCUCCCAUAACCCCGAUGGGUGGGAGUGGUAUCAACGGGCUACCACAACCCAAUCACUACGGUGGAGCUCCUCCAAGAAGUGUGUCUGGACCCAGCAUCGUCUCGAGUGGAUCCAACGGACCGUUACCGCCCAUGAAUCCAGCAUUCGGCGUUCCUGUCCUGCCUGUUUCGAGAGAUUCUUCCUCUCGGCCAGUCUCUCACGAUGGGAGACCGUCUCCCUUUCAGACCCCAAAUUCUCAGCGCGUUCCAGGUGAUCACCCACGUCCCUCACCACCACCUAUGGACAGCCCUGUCAUUUCUCAACAGCAACAGGCACAGAACCGCCUAUCAAACUCCUCCGUGACCCUCACGGGUGCAAAUUUGCAAGCUCGACUGAAUCACCCCGUCCCACCAACACCUCCAUCGCUGGAGCAACUGCGCCCUUCACAAGAGAGCCAGCGGAGACAUCAGGUAGCGCAACCGAACGGCCUGACCCAACCGCCCACUCAGGCUACGCCUGGAAUGCCAUAUGGUUUAGGAUUUGGGCCAGGCGAUCCCAUGGCCAAUGUGGCCCGCCAGCCGUCAUCUGCUCAGCGAAAACCCGUGCCGUACACUGCAACUAACGGCGGCGCUUAUGCGACCCAGAACAACCCAAAUCGAAAUUUUAGUGGUGGCCCCAUGGGUCAGAACACUCAGAACUCGUCGAUGAACAAUGGAUGGAACGCACCAGGCGGUGCGGGUUUACCGGCAUUCCACAAACAACUGGGUCUGCCAAAUGGGGACAUCAGGCACGGUUCUCGAGGCAGCGGAAACUCGAACCCAAUGUCAUCGUCCACUCCCGACCUCCUGGCCGGGAUGAACCACCAACGACCGAUGCCCGGUCGGCUCGACACGGGUCAAGGUCCGCUUAGACAGACAGACCCUCGACUCUAUCCUAACCACCCAGGCCAUGUCCCUUCAGCUUCCACGGGCAUGUACGGCUACCCACAGCAACCCAACCAUAACCCACAACUCCACUCCCAACCAUCCCUCCAAGCCCCUUACCUCCAGCAACCCGGCCAAAUGCCAGGAUCAUGGCUGACUCCAGAUGCCCCUGAACUGCGCGGCCGACGAGUCUCAUCCGAUCCGACCAUGCUGGAAACACCGUCGAAGAAGAAGAAAGCAAAGCGGAAGAAAGGCGACCCGAUCGCCGGCCCCGGCAGAUCCCAGACACCCAUGCCGGGGCCGGAGGCAAGCCAGCAACAACAACAACCUCAGGGGAAGAAAUCAAGUCGCUGUGUGGUAAUGUGA